GAGGAAGGGAAGGGGGGAAGGAAGUUGGAGGAGAAACCAUGCCUGCUUCUUCACAGCAGCUCUGAUUGGGAUCCCUGCCGCAGGAGCUGGGUAAGUGUGGCAGGCAGCCAACUUGAAAGCGUUCUCCCCAAGAAAGCCUGAAACUUGGAAGAGAACAGAUGAUUCUCAUGGUAUUUUGAGACUCGUGCCAGCCUCAAUCAAUUAUCAGUCACUUGUGAAGACAUUCGGAGAGUUGGCAAUGCCUGAGUAUUAAGGUAAAUAAUCCAGGAAGGAUUAGAUAUUUAUGUGCUAAUCAGAACGUUUCCAAUUGCAUUGUAGAAGUAAGUGGAACCUAUUUAUAUUAGAUAUAGUUACAUCUGUAUAAUGGAACUAUAAAUGUAUGCUAUUGUGUUAUCAGGCUUACAGUGUUUGAUUUAAUGGUUGGUUUGGGAAGAAAAUACCGUGUGAAAGGUAUUGUGUAAUUGUUCAGAUUGCUCGAUUCCCCUCCCAGUAUAUUUUAUUUAGUGCAGGUGGCCUCAGUCAAGAAGGAAAAUCAAUGAUCCAGCUAAUCUAAUGGCCUACCAUAAAUACUCAUAAAAUUUAUUACAGACAGAACACGAACAGCAAAAUGUGUGUAAUGUGGGUGACUGCGCAUGCCAAAAUACGUCUGUGGGAUUUGUUGUGAGAACAGAACCUAUCUGGUGCUAAUUGCUGCGAAGUGCAGUCCUAGCUCUAGGAUUAGUUUUCCAAAGAAGCUCAUUUGAUGGCAAAAAGCAGGAAGUAACACUGAAAUCCCUCAAAAAUGUUAUCGCAGUCGAGACAUCCGACCACCUUAGGUUUCACCUUAGGUUUCAGCCUGCUCUUCAUCAGAGCGUUAGCUGCGCUUCUCUGCUGCUGUUCUUCCUGAUGCCGCAUUCUCAAGUUUGUGUGUGGAGCUCUGUGUCUGGCACCGCUCUUCCCACUUGGAUUCUCAAAAGCAGACCCUGUGCCUUUAAAAGCAAGUGGCUCACCGAGUUGUUUGCAGCGCAGCUUUUUAUCCCGUACAGUAUACUCCAUGCAAAUGAGCUCCCGCUCAGCCCUGCGUGGCUGCCUGCCCUGCUGGGGAGCUCACAAAGGCUCCGCAGACCUCAUUCAGCAUUCGCCUGUUUAAAACGGCAGAUGGAAGGAGGUAUCGGCGAGAUGAGGAUUUAUUAGCUGCUCACAAUAAAAGACCACACUGGCUCUGCAGAGGAUCACAGAAAGCCUGGUGAAUGGGAUUGAGUUGUAUCUGCUUUCAGCUGACUUUACAGUGAUGUGUUUAGCUCAUGUGACUCGGUCCCUUAGCGUGAAGAUCAGCUAAAGAUUUCCGUGUAAAUAUCUACUCCUUUAAGCACCGGCAACCUGUGUGCUUUUGUGGAGAUGGUUUUGGUUUGCAGCUGUCAUAGCUGUGUGGACAGGAGCGUUUCAUCCAGCCGUGCUCGGCAGCCGCCGCUCCGGCCGCGUUGUUGGUGCGUUUGCUGAAAGCCCCUCCUAAACACAGCUCUGGGUGAAGUUUGGUUUCUUGUGUAUGCCUGCCGAAAUCCUGCAGAGGCUGAAGUUGGGCUGCUUUUAAAUACAGUGUUUGUAUUCAGAAGCUAUAAAUAGGCUCUUCUGAAGCUUUUAUCUGGCGAUGAAAUCUGUUGCUUUAGCUUUCCGCUAAGAAAUUGUAGGUCAUUGCGGCGGUUGGUGAUAUUUGCAGCAUUCCCUUUUUUUCCUCUCUCUCAGAGGAAGGACAGGCGUAGCACAAAGAUUCCAUGAGGUGCUCAGCGAUUGGGAUGAACGUAGCUGGGUUUUUGUUUAUUCCGGGGCUGUUUGGUGUAGCCGGAGCUCUUAGCGCCGUUUCUUUUUCAAAGCAGCUCCUAUUUUAAAACGUGACUGUGGAUAAUGUACAGCAAGGGAGGAAGCCUCUUUUGACCUUGCAGGAGUUGUCUGUGUGAAGGUACGGGCAAACAGAAACUGCAGAAUUCUCAGCUGAGUGCUGCUUUCCCUUCCCUUUUUUUUUUCUCGCCUUUCCGCCAUGGAUGACGAAGAGGGGAAGGCUUUAAGACAGCUCUGUCAGUGAUGAAUAGAUGAAUGAGUUCUUACACGUUCAGAACUUGCAACAUGUGUUCCCGACCCCUCAGCACCUAGGAGAGGCAAGAUCUCAGCAAGGAGCUCAAGAAUGCGCCGUGCCCGCUGCGUGUGAGAGGGAGAGCAGCAUACCUCCGAGAUAGCAGGAACAAAAGAGGUUAGGGAGCAAAGCCAGCCAGCAGCAGGGGAGGCAGCGCCGCCGGGUAUGGAUGACUCGAGCAUUCUGCGGAGGAGAGGGCUGCAGAAGGAGCUCAGUCUCCCCAGAAGAGGAAGCUUAAUCUCCUCUCCUUUGUACUCCCACUGCCGAGGAAGUGAUGUCCAUCAGCACACGUUCUCUCCUACAUCAGCUCCAGGUCUGCAGCACCUUAAAUUCCCAUUUAGUGCUGACUGUGCGCUUGUCACGUCUCCUCUUGUAUUUUACCUGAACUCACAAGCCCAGAGCAAUCCAUCUAGCCCAUGCUACAGCCAUCCAUUUCAGUGGAGCUGUCGGACGAGCAACAGAAAGAGUUUGAUUGUAACGUCCAGCACAUCCCCGACUCUCCCGCGGCCGCAUUCCCCCCUCCAUGGACAUGCAGGUGGCAGCCCUUUGGACAGCCCUAGAAACUUCUCUCCAAAUGCACCUGCUCAUUUUUCUUUUGUUCCUGCCCGAAGCCACGGACACAGAGCGGACAGAACGGAUGGACGCCGCUGGUCCUUGGCCUCCCUCCCCUCAUCGGGAUAUGGAACAAACACUCCCAGUUCAACAGUUUCAUCAUCAUGCUCAUCUCAGGAGAAGCUGCACCAGCUGCCCUUUCAGCCCACGGCAGACGAACUUCAUUUCCUGACAAAGCAUUUCAGCACUGAGAGCAUCACUGAUGAGGAAGGGCGUCACUCUCCAGCCCUGCGGCCUCGAUCACGCAGUCUCAGUGCAGGCUGCAUGAUAAUUGCAUACGGAACUGCUAAGUGUAGUUACUCAGUUAUCUACAAGAGCUGCCCGGGUCGCUCCCCGAUUUCCUUUGACAGUGAAAUAAUAAUGAUGAACCAUGUGUACAAAGAAAGGUUUCCAAAGGCCACAGCGCAGAUGGAAGAGCGGCUGGCGGAGUUUAUUGCCUCCAAUGCUCCAGAGAACGUGCUGCAAUUAGCAGAUGGGGUCCUCAGUUUCAUCCACCAUCAAGUUAUUGAACUGGCCAGAGACUGCCUAGAUAAAUCACGUGAAGGUCUCAUUACUUCUCGCUACUUCUAUGAGCUGCAGGAAAACUUGGAGAAACUUCUUCAGGAUGCCCACGAGCGAUCCGAAAGCUCUGAGGUUGCCUUUGUUACCCAACUGGUGAAGAAGCUGAUGAUCAUCAUAGCGCGACCAGCUCGGCUGCUGGAGUGCCUGGAGUUUGAUCCUGAAGAGUUCUACCACUUGUUAGAAGCAGCAGAAGGCCAUGCCAAGGAAGGACAAGGAAUUAAGUGCGACAUUCCUCGUUACAUUAUCAGCCAGCUGGGACUUACCAGGGAUCCCCUGGAGGAAAUGGCCCAGCUGAAUAGCUAUGACAGCCCAGACACUCCUGAGACAGAUGAUUCAGUCGAGAGCCGUGGAGCCACUGUCCAGUCAAAGAAAACUCCAUCCGAGGAGGAGUUUGAAACUAUUAAACUGAUCAGUAAUGGUGCUUAUGGAGCGGUGUAUUUGGUGCGCCACAAGACCACCCGUCAACGUUUUGCCAUGAAGAAGAUCAACAAACAGAACCUAAUUUUGAGAAACCAGAUCCAGCAGGCUUUUGUUGAGAGAGAUAUCUUGACGUUUGCUGAGAACCCCUUUGUAGUCAGCAUGUUCUGCUCCUUUGAGACCAAGCGCCAUCUGUGCAUGGUUAUGGAGUAUGUGGAAGGAGGUGACUGUGCAACACUUCUCAAGAACAUCGGUGCCCUUCCUGUUGAUAUGGCAAGGAUGUAUUUUGCUGAGACUGUUCUAGCGUUGGAGUACCUACACAAUUAUGGGAUUGUUCACCGUGACCUAAAACCUGACAAUCUCCUGAUAACUUCCAUGGGUCACAUUAAACUUACAGACUUUGGACUGUCUAAAAUUGGGUUAAUGAGUCUUACAACUAACCUUUAUGAGGGACACAUUGAAAAGGAUACCAGGGAAUUUCUGGACAAGCAGGUCUGUGGAACUCCAGAGUACAUUGCCCCAGAAGUGAUCCUACGGCAGGGCUAUGGGAAGCCGGUGGACUGGUGGGCCAUGGGAGUCAUCCUGUAUGAGUUUCUGGUUGGCUGCGUUCCUUUCUUUGGUGACACACCUGAGGAGCUGUUUGGACAAGUGAUCAGUGAUGAAAUUGCCUGGCCAGAAGGUGAUGAUGCACUGCCACCAGAUGCCCAGGACCUCAUUUCUAAGCUCCUCCGCCAAAAUCCUCUGGAAAGAAUGGGAACAGGUAGUGCCUUUGAAGUGAAACAGCAUCGGUUCUUUAAGGAUUUGGACUGGAAUGGAUUACUUCGGCAGAAAGCUGAAUUCAUCCCCCAGUUGGAGUCCGAGGAUGACACAAGCUAUUUUGACACCCGUUCUGAACGGUACCAACACCUGGAUUCAGAAGAGGAGGAGGACACUAAUGAUGAUGAUCAUGUGGAAAUUCGGCAGUUUUCCUCGUGCUCACCAAGGUUUAGCAAGGUGUACAGCAGCAUGGAACGCCUUUCCAUCCAUGAAGAGAGGAAAACUCCACCACCGACUAAACGGAGUCUGAGUGAAGAAAAGGAUGACCGGCUGGACAGCCUGGGUGGCUUGAAAAGUCGGGACCGCAGCUGGGUGAUUGGGUCCCCUGAAAUACUGCGUAAGCGCCUGUCUAUGUCCGAAUCCUCGCACACGGAGAGUGACUCCAGCCCACCCCUGACCGUCCGCCGGCGCUGCUCGGGGCUCCUCGACAUGCCCCGUUUUGCCAUCUCUGCUGAGGACGAGGGAGCCGUGCUCAAGAGGCCUCAGUCAGAGGGGAUGCUGCUGUCAGCCGUUCAGUCACCAGUGCCCAUUCCGGAGCAGCCCGUGGAGCACGAACUGCAGCUGGAGGGUGAUGCUGGGCCCACCACCCCCUGCAUGGCCGUCAGCAGCACCACGACGCUGACAACUGGGAGCACUGCAGACUUCUCUGAUCCACGCGCUCGCAGUAACAGCAACGAAGGCCCAGACUUCACCACUCCUAAAGCCAUCAGCGACUUGGCAGUGCGGCGCGCACGGCACAGGUUGCUCUCUGGGGAAUCGGGCGAGAAACGCACCUCGAGACCGGUCAAUAAAGUCAUUAAAUCAGCAUCCGCCACCGCCUUGUCUCUCAUGAUCCCCUCAGAUCACCACACGUGUUCCCCAUUGGCUAGUCCAAUGUCACCUCAUUCUCUAUCCUCAAACCCAUCUUCGAGGGACUCCUCACCCAGCCGCGACUUUUCUCCUGCUAUCGCAAACCUGAAACCACCAAUCAUCAUCCAUCGGGCUGGAAAGAAAUACGGUUUCACUCUGCGUGCCAUUCGCGUCUAUAUGGGUGACAGUGAUAUCUACACUGUGCAUCACAUGGUCUGGCAUGUGGAGGAAGGUGGUCCGGCGAACGAAGCAGGGCUGCGUGAAGGGGAUCUGAUAACCCACGUCAACGGAGAGCCAGUCCAUGGGCUGGUGCACACUGAAGUGGUGGAGCUGAUCCUGAAGAGUGGAAAUAAAGUGUCCAUCUCCACUACGCCAUUUGAGAAUACAUCCAUCAAAGUUGGGCCAGCUCGAAAAGCCAGCUACAAAUCCAAGAUGGCACGUAGGAACAAGAAGAGCAAAACUAAGGAUGGUCAGGAAAGUAAGAAGAAGAGUUCUUUGCUGAGGAAGAUCACUAAACAGGCAUCACUGCUUCACACCAGCCGUAGUUUAUCUUCACUGAACCGCUCUCUGUCUUCUGGAGAAAGUGUGCCUGGCUCUCCAACUCACAACCUGUCACCCCGGUCACCCACGCAGAGCUAUAGAUCCACUCCUGAGUCUGUACAUUCAGUUGGUGGCAAUUCUUCCCAGAGCAGCUCUCCCAGUUCCAGUGUUCCCAAUUCUCCAGCCAGCUCUGGGCACAUCCGACCAAGUUCACUGCAUGGACUGGCACCAAAGCUUCAAAGGCAGUACAGAUCUCCAAGGCGUAAAUCUGCAGGAAAUAUCCCUCUGUCACCACUAGCUCACACUCCAUCACCAACACCACAGUCCACAUCACCUCAGCGCUCCCCAUCUCCUUUACCAGGACACUCGAUUGGCAGCUCCAGUAUUAUUCAGUCUUUUCCAGUAAAACUACACUCCUCUCCACCACUGGUGAGACAGAUUUCUCGCCCCAAAAGUGCUGAGCCCCCUCGAUCUCCUUUGCUAAAGAGAGUGCAGUCAGCUGAGAAACUAGCUGCCUCACUGUCCUCUUCUGAGAAGAAGCUGGUGUCCUCACGGAAGCACAGCUUGGAUAUCUCUCACUCUGAGUUCAAGAAGGAGAUGCUACAGAGGGAUCCGAGUCUACAGAGCUUACAGGAAUCUGUGAAUGAAACAGUGGGUGGCAAACUCGGGCUAGCGGAAAAAGGGAUGUUGCAGAAGCCGGGUUCCCGAAAGUUGGGUGCGAUCCGACAGGACAGAGUGGAGAGAAGGGAGUCUCUGCAGAAGCAGGAGGCCAUAAGAGAAGUAGAUUCUUCUGAAGAUGAAACAGAUGAUGGUUCGGAGGAUAGUCAGGAUGGAAGAAGACUGGACAAGCCCCCGGACAGCGGAGACCAAGGUUCAGAUUCUUAUAAUGAGGAUAACAAGUUUUCCUCUAAAUUGGAAAGCAAGGAUAGUAUGGAAGAUGAUGCCUUUCUACCUGAAGAUCCAAAAGGUACAGAAGAUUUGCAGAAAGGGAACAGUCAACAAACUAAGGCUGUUUCUGACCUGCUGCAAGUUGGUGUGCACCCUUCCCCAUCGGAGGUCCUCCCACAAACCCCUCCAGAAAAUGUAGCUGGUUCAGAAAAACCAUUCCUAAGGCCAGAAACCACUUCAGAGGAACAUAAAUUGGUAGAAAACAAAGCCUUUGAGCAUUUUGGUCCAAAAGGCAAAUCUUCUGAAGCAGUCAGAGAUCUAGGGGGAACUACUAGUACUCAAAAACCAGUGGACUGCACAGAAAGUAUAAAGUGCCCAUCUGUCAAACUCCCUGAGCUUGUACAGGGUGAUUCUGCAGGGGCCUCGUGCGGUAAACUUGACCUGAAAGACCCGCUGCUGUCAGAAAUCAGUCAGAAAACCCAAGAUCCCAAACCUCUGCUAGCACUUUCAUCUUGCUGCACAGCAAGUGUGAGCUCUCCUUGCUCAGUAAGCCCUGCGGAUCGUGCUGAGAAGGACCACAGGGGCACACUUCCAUCUGCAGAACAAGACAGCUCCUCAUUUCUUGACCCUGUAAGCGAAACACCUGAAAAAAGUCCCAGCUCAUCCCAGGCAGACAGUGCUCCAUCUGCCAGCAAAGCGAGCCAGAGCAUGGCGGCAGGCACCGUGACCUCCACGCUGCUCGUCCCCUGCGCUAUCGAGAGGGCACUCUCUGUGUCUCAGCUGGUGCCGCUGGCGCAGAGUGUUUUGGGCCCCUUAAAGCUCAGCAUGGCUGGUUCUGGAGAGAUGGAAAAGAGAAAGGAUUUCCCCCAUUUGGGUGCUUCGUGUAAAGAAGAAAGAGAUGGGAAGCAAAAAAAGCAGGAAGCUUCACAAGCAGGAGUGUGCCAGGAGAAGGCCAAACCAUCCAGUGCCGGUGGUUUGACCACGAGGAGUGCAUCCUGCACGGAGUCACUGAGCUCAGCGAAACCCUGGGAGGCAACGUGUCCCAUGGUGGCCAAGAAAGAGGCAAUUUCCUGCAGCACUAAAGCAUCGGAAGCACUGGGAGGUAGCAGCAAAGUGGCCCCAGCAAAGGAGCUGCCGCACGCUCUGAGACAAGCAGCUCUGAGAGCCUCUCCUGUGCCAGAUGGCAGCACCAGGCCCUGCAAAGAGGGGACUCUCACGCCGGCGAGAGGCAAAGAGGUUGGAAGUCAGCUAAAAACACAAGACUUUCCCCUGUCACAUGAUGGUGCUGUGAAGAAAACAUAGCAGCAUCCCCGGUACACAUGGACUGGAGCGUUCUGCAUUCAAAAUAGAGACUGCAUGUUUGAAUUUUGUAAUAUACACUAAUAUAAAAUAGAACUUGUGUACAUCUAUUUUUGGGAGGGUUUUUUUCAUACUGUUUUUUGUGUUUUUUCAUCCUUGCUAUUCUAUUUUUGUACACAGUAAUGCUUGCUGUUUGAGGUCUCUUUAGAACAGGGUAUCGUUAAAGCAGGGCUAAAGAAACAGUUUGCUGGUUUUCCCCUCCUGCCCUUCUGUUUUGCCUUGUUGUGCUCUUCCUUCCAAUUCUGCGGUGAAGUCCCCAAAAUUCUGAACACACAAAAAGGCAGCUUACUUCGAAAAUCUCCUGCUUUUCAGUUUUCCCUUUCAAAUUCCAUUGACGUUCCCAGGCACUGAAUUUUUUCUUUGGAUUUACAGUCUGGUUUUCUUCAACAAGGAGAAGAAAAUACAAUCUGGUCCGUAAGUUACUCCAGAGCAAGAAAUCCUCUCCAGCACAAGUAAGACCUCCAUCACUGUGUGCAUACACUCAUCCUAAGAGGGUAUGGAGGCAAGGGAUGGAGGAGCUGGACAGAGAGGUAGCUCUAUCUUCUCUUUAAACCAAGUGAAAGUGUUUUAUUCUUCAUUUUUUUCCCUGAUGGAAUUAUCAGAGAGAAACCUGUAAGCUGUUUUGGAGGGGAGAUCGUUUUUAUUCAUCCUUUAUAGGACACGUGGCAACUUCUCCUUGUUUUUAAAAUUUUAGUGAUGUUUCAUCAUUUUUCAUUCUCUGCCUUGGAUUUAUACCUUGCCCUGCCUCAGAAGAGGGACCCCCAGGACAGGGCUGCCUCAUUGGCUGAUUUUAAAGUAGGGAAGUUUGUAGACCACUGUGUCUCGGGCAAAAGUAUCUCAAUGAUAAAUGACCUUUCAAGACUCUUCCUUCUCUGGAUGAGUCUCCAUAGAUUGGGAUUUAAGGUGUGCCUUGCCAUUUCUGAAUUGGGGCAUAGGAAAGUUGCAGAGUUUUCCAAAUCUGCCCAUUUUAAAAAGAAAGAAACUACAAAGAGUUCUGAUUCCUUGGGUUCUGUGGACAAGCUGCAAGCAAGACUUCAAGACACAUGUGAUACGUUCAGAUUUCAGCUUCGAUAGCUAGAUCAUUUCCACUUGGUUCCAUUAAGCAUCACUCUUGGCCCUUAGGUUUAGGCAUUGCUUUGCUUUAAGCGUGACCGACUCUGGAUAACAGUGCUCUUUGCUGAGGAUUAGAUCCAUAAUUAUACACCAGUAAUGUGGACGUUGACACCUACAGCACUGUAAGCCAUUUCCUCAUCCAAUUCAAGGUUACUGUCAAUGAACACUCCCGUCAUUUGUCCCAGAUUGUGCUCAGCUUUUACCCUAGUUGUGUCUGAGUGUAUCUCUGCGGAUCUAGCACCCUGCUCACUGCCUUUCUCUGCUAGAAGCUGAACGACUGUGCAACAGUAUUUCAAGCUAAAGCCAGCACCUCGCGGUGCUGACUUGGUCAUGCGCUGCCUUCUUCCCUGUCUCGGCCUUUUCUGAGCUUGAAGUUUUGAUUCACUUUCCCUAAAUGUAAAUAUGUUUUUAUAUGGGAAUGUAUUUUCUCCAUCUCUUUCAACUUGAUUUCAGCCCAAUCCACAAAACUCUGAAAUCUUGCCCUGCUUCUUUCUGCGUAACUGUAUUUUUCCCAUCAUAUAUGAGAUUUUGGCUGCUUGGAUUUCAUUUCUGGACCAACUUUUGGUUUGGUUUGAGUUGUGUUUUUGUUUUUUUUUUUAAACAUCUUUAAAUGAGUGUUUACUCUGUGUGUCUGUGUGAACAUGUAUGGUGUUGUUAAUACACUAGCCAAAGCCUCAGAGCUCCCACAUAACACGUGAAUAAAUCUUGCUGUGACAGUA